GGAAUGAGACAGUGGAAUGGGAUGUCUGGCAAUCGAAUAAAAGGGGAGGGAGGAGUGAUUUCGCGCGUUGAACGGAUACCGAAUAAUUUCGAAGAGAUUCGCGAGUCACAGCGUCGUUUCGAAUAAUUGGACAAAAAUUAUUAAGCAGGCGAAUCCGUCCAUCAAAGCCUGACGAGAUGUCCGUUAUGGGAAAGCCAAUACUCUAUUCCUAUUGGCGGAGUUCUUGUUCGUGGAGAGUGCGAAUUGCAUUAAAUUUAAAAGAAAUUCCAUAUGAUAUAAAACCAGUUAGCUUGAUAAAAGGUGGUGGAGAACAACAUUCUAAUGAAUUUCGUGAAAUUAAUCCAAUGGAGCAGGUACCUGCACUUCAUAUUGACAAUCACACAUUAAUAGAAUCUUUAAAUAUCUUACAAUACUUAGAAGAAACCAGACCACAUCGACCUUUAAUGCCUGCAGAUCCAGUGAAAAGAGCACGCGUCAGAGAAAUUUGUGAAGUUAUUGCUAGUGGUAUUCAACCAUUACAAAAUUUAGUUGUGUUGAUUUAUGUUGGAGAAGAACGUAAGAAGGAAUGGGCACAACAUUGGAUUACUAGAGGUUUAACAGCUGUAGAAAAAUUAUUGUCAUCAAGUGCAGGAAAAUACUGUGUAGGUGAUGAAAUCACAUUAGCAGAUUGUUGCUUAAUACCGCAGAUAUUUAAUGCAAGAAGGUUUCUUGUUGAUUUACGACCUUUUCCAACAAUUUUAAGGGUAGACCGUCAUUUAGAAAAUCAUCCAGCUUUUACUGCUGCUCAUCCAAAUAAUCAGCCUGAUUGUCCUCCAGAGGCAACCAAGUAGCAAGCAAGGCAGACCACUCUCUUCCUCUUUUAAUUUAUUGGAAGCAGGAAGAGAAGUGGUCUAAUAUGGUGUAGUUCUAUAGUGGCAAAAGGUGAUGCAACUUUACUUUCAAAAAAGUUACUAAUAUAUAAUUAUAACAAAACAAGAUGAUAAUAUGUAUAUUAAUUUUUUAUAAUUAUACAUUGUAUAUUAAUGUAUUGAAAUUAUUAUUCAAUUUUGUAGAAACAUUUGUCAUAUAUUUUAUAUAAAUAUUUAUCUUUUUUUUUUUUUUCUUUUUUACAUUAUACACAUAUUUUGUAUUACACCUUUUAUCACUUAUGAACUACGUUUAAGUAUUGAAAUGGUAAAACAGUGUAAAAUAGAAUAUUGAAUUCUAUAAUAAUUUUUAGUUAUUUAUCAAAAUCAAAUUGCAUGAUAUGCUAUCUAUUUCAGAUAAAAAACACUGUUCCAUUUCUGUACUUAUUCAGAGGAUAAAAAUGUUGGCCUUUUUAAUUUUGUUAUAUUUUUUCAUUAAUUUUUAUAUAUAUAAAAUCAAAAUUAACAAAAUUCUUCUUCGUACGAUACUUACAAUAUUAUUUUGUAAAACGUACUGACCUAUUAUAAAUAGGUUCUGUUGUCUGAAAUCAAAAGUUUACUUUUUAUACACUUUUAAUGAUAUAAUUUUUCAAUUAUUUUUAGCUUGCUUAGAUUAAGGAAAAGUGUUGCUAUUAAAUAAUAUUAAAUAUAACUUGAAAUUCUUUACCGAGUAUAAAGUAGCAGAUUUAACAUCGCAAACACACAUACUCACACAUUGAAUAAAUAGAAGAGGAAACGUGUAAUAAGGGAAUGCAAUCUGCUCAAACUCCGUAAUAAUAUCGAGAAAUAAAAAGUACAAAUCAAAUUUCUUUUUCUAAAGCUUUAUCUUUAAAUAUCUUUUUGACUAUGUUUCGUUUUUUUUUUUUUUUUGUAAAGUAUAUCAUAAGUAAAUAUUUAAAAAUUUUAAUGAAAUUAAACUUGAAUUUUACAUAUUUUUUAGUGUUGAAAAAUAGAAUGAUAGUACUCGAUUUUAUUUUAUAAUACACGCUCAUAACGUAUACAAAGUUAUAAUUAUUUUUUAAACAUUCCAUGAAGAAAAUUAUAUAUUUGAAGAAUUUGAUGCGAUUUUUAUUUAAAUAAUAAAAAGUGAUAAUUAAUAAAAUUAUUUAAAAUAUUUUUAUGUUUUAAUAUUAAGCACAACUAAAAUUUUACAAUAUAUUUUUUGCAAAGAAUAAUCUUUAUAUAGAGAUACAUUUUUUAUUGUAUCAUCUAUAUGUAUAACUUCUAUAUAUUUUGUAGUUUUAUACAUGGAGAAUACUUUUAUUAUAUAACAAAAAUGUCAAGACAAAACAGUAUAUGUAGUAAACUUGUCAAUAAUGUCGGCAUUGUUCCUUAUUGCCGGGUUCCUUUUUAUUAUUACUUUCUACGAAAGUAAAAACUAUUCUUGAUUUAAAAUAUUGAAUACCGUACUAUAUAAAAAUGAAGGAGAUGUUUGUUUGCAUGCUUCUUCAUGCAAUCAUUUAAUUGUAAUUGUAUGCAGAAAUCGUUUAUAUUCUAUAUUCUAAUAUAAAGCGAAAAUAAGAACUGAACAUAUUUAAAAUUGAAUUGUAUACAUUAUAUAAGUGAUAUGAUUAGAUAAUAAUAUAUAUAAUUUUUAUAUAUAAUAUAAAUUCGAGUAUUCCAUACAAAAAAUCGAAUUGUUAGAUUUUCGAGAUGGCUGAUCGUUUCAAUAAGUAUUGCAAGUUUUAUAGAGGUUUUAUAGAGCUUAUAGAAAAUGCAUAAGGAAAGAAUGCAAACAAGCGUUAUUCUUCAAGCGUAAUCGCACAAAAAAUUUCUUUAUUCUUUAUUCUUCAAUUCGAUUUUUUCGUUAUAAAAUUAUAUCAUGAAACACUUGAUCAAUAUAUGAUAUAAGAUCGUGAUGAAUAUUAAUGAAGUGUCGUGAUCAUAAUGAAGAGAAUCUAAAUUUUUCUUUGUAAUCUUCGUGAUAUUUGUUAUUCUUAUAAUAAUUACAUAUUAAAGCAAGAAAGAGAAAUGGAUAAUUUUUAUGGAGAAUGUUUCAAGCGAAAAAAUCUAUCUUUAAUAGGAUAAUAUAUAAGAAAAAUUCGAGGAAUUAUUAUUGUACAAAUAUUGUUGCAUCUAAUGAUAAUUUCAUCUUUGAUGCGAUAACAAUUAAUUCUCCAUUUCUCUAGAAAAUAUUUUUUUUUCUUUUAUGUAUAAAAUUAAAAAUUCUACUUUUAGCAUAUACUACUUUUUCAUUAUUAGCUUGUUUGUGAAUAUAUGAGAGUCAGAAGCAGGAAAGUACUUAAUAAUAAUAGUAAUAAUAAUGAAUAUUUGUUUUACAAACAAAUUAAUAAAAAAAAAACGCAACAUAGAAUCAUUGUAUAGUGGGAUGAACUAAAGGCAAUAAUGUUUAGAAGUUCAUUUUACCGAUGGUCCUAAGUAGAAUUUAGUUAGAUAGAGCUACGUACACAUUUAUAAAAGGAUGCGUGAGAAACUUUAUAGAAGAAGCAAAUGCGAGUAUGUGUGUAUAAUAAUAACGAAUGCAAACGAUACUUCAUGAAAAUUUAAACAAAAACGAAUCACCGGCAUGAUAUGCAUAUAGAUAUUUUGUAAGUGAAAAUGAAUUAUGUACGUUCAUUGCUUAUAAAGAAUAAUAAAUUCUGUGUCAUAGUGUAUGUAUAUUAAUUUGUAGAUGCGAAGCUAAGAAACGCUGUUAACAGACUAUAAAUACACUUGUGAAUGUGCAUUUAUUAUUCGAAUAAAGAAUAUGUUUUGACUGUA